UUAAAAUUGGUGUAAAACAAUUUUGUUAUCAUACACAGAUUGUCAAAUAACAAUGAAGAAUUUCUGAGACUUGUUACUACGGCAACCAAAUGAAGAAUAAAUGAAAUUUUACAAUCAUGGAAGCAGCUAAUGAAUUAUGUAAAUGUGACAAACAUGUGAAUAUUGUUGAGAAGUUUGUACCGUAUUCAUUUGCUACAAUUAAUCCAUACAGAAAAUCAGAGACAAGAAUGGAUGGGACGCCAUGUGAGUGUGAUGAAUUUCCAUUCAGUCAUUUGUACAGGAAGCAGUUUCGAAUAGGAGACAAGAGCUGUUUUGACAACACCGCUACAGUGAAAUUACCGCCAUAUUGGAUUGAGUGGCGACAGAGACCAAUGCAACUCACAGAAAAUAGACUGACAUGGCCCAAGGCAUUGCCUUUGAACAAAUCUGUUAGUGAUGGAGUUUUGAAUUACAACAGAAGACCAGAAAAGGUUUUGAAACAUGAAAUUAGCCUCAAAUAUUACACUCCCCCCAAUGCUCAAUAUGUGAAAAUGAUCUAUAAUUAAAUUUGAAGCCUGAAUCUUGAAGAUUGUGUGCUAGGGAGGGAAGAAAAUUUUGAAAAAGGAAAAAAAUAGAAAUAAAACAUCAGGUA